AGGUGCAUAAAUAUACGUGUGUGUAAAAAUGACAAAUGAGUAGAAAGAGGAGAUAUGUAAAAAAGGGGUUUUCAUGAACUAAAGCAUCAGAAAAUGAACACAUGCAGCAGAUGACAAUUGGAUUUGUAUUUCAGAUACAGUGCAAGGCUGUUUUAGGAUACGAUAAAUAGGGUAUGGCGAGUAACACAAUUUAUGUAUCUGGUGGGGACAUAGACGAGGAGUUAAAAACAGAGAUAUUGGAAAUAUACACAUCUGGAACAAAUGCAUCAGUUAUUAUCAAUGCUGACAUUGAAGACAAUCAGAAAAGAUGGCUGAUUAUUGGUAUAUGCAUUCAGUUUGUCAUAGCUCCAACACUGCGAAAAUUUACAGAACCAGUUACACGCAACUUGUACAAUGUCAUACAAAAUACGCAUGGAAUUCAAACACAGACAUAUCCUACACAACUUAGAAAAUACCCGAGUUCGGGUAGGGAUCUGAAUUAUGAAGCAAUCAAUAACAACCAUUUAAUACCACGAGUUCGUAGGCAACCAGAUGUUGGUAAAUACGACUACAACGUGACCAGUCAUGUAGAAUUCUCAAAAUUAUUCUUGAACACUUUUAUGGCCCAGUACACGGCUUUUGAUGAAACAUGUGACUUGUCGGCGCUCCUUGGGAUAAUCAUAAACAUUGACAAGUUUCCCCAGCCAGUACAGAAUGUUGCUCAAAAGGUACGUUCGGAUGUGAGGAAUCCAUGGGCACAUUGUAAUUUUGAUGAAUGGGACUCUCUUAAAUAUCAAACUGCAUUCCAGUUGUUGCAUCAACUAGUAAGAUGUCUUCAGCUGAAUACAACAGAUGAAGCUAACAUACAGGCAGAACUGACCAAAUGGGAGACAAACGGAUUUAUGUUUCUACAAGGCUAUGGAGUCAACCAGCAAGUUGUAAAAGAAAUCCGACAACAAACACGUGCUUUGGCUGAUUAUGCGUUGAAAAUGAAAUCGGGUAUGGACACAAUAUUUGCACAGGUGCAUGAUGCUAUGUUCAAAAUUAAUGGUGAAAUAAUAUUAGCUUGUAGUCGUAUAAGCAGUAUUGAAUCGAAACAAAAUGAACAACAAACAGAUAUUGGUAGCUUGAAUAAAGACGUAAGUGUUUUAUAUGAUAGAUCAUUAGCCAUUGAAAACGUUCAAAAAGAACAUGGAAUGAAGAUUGAAGAAAAUGUUUCCAACACGGCUGCAACUGCUAAAAAUGUCGAGAUAUUGAAAAUAAGGGAUGAUUCAACGGCGAAACACGUCAGUAAGCUUGAAAACGAAAAUAUAAUAAUGAAGGAAGAUAUAUCGGACAUCAAAACUGAUAUAACCGAAAUAAAGUUUGACAUUAAAGAUUUCAGAAAUUAUAUGCCAACGUCUAAACCUAGCGGAAAAACGUUAUUUUAUCCACCAAAUCGGUCAGAAACAUUUGUUGCUAGGGAAACGGAGUUGUGUAAACUUAAAGACAGUUGCAUAGGUAAAAGUAAUGGAAAUCAUACUUUGGUCAUAUGCGGAUUAGGUGGUUGUGGAAAGACAACGCUUGCAAUUGAAUUUGCAUGGCGUUCGCAGGAAUUCUAUCCAGCUGGUGUAUUUUGGAUGUCAGCAGAAACACAAGAUACAUUAGAGGAUUCCCUUACAACAUUAGCAAUUGAUGUUGAUUCGACUGGAAAAGACUUUAGAGAAACUUUUAAAAGAACCCUAAAAUGGUUUUCUAAUUUGAAUGAGAGAUGGCUUUUAGUUGUGGAUAAUAUAGACGAGGAAUACCUUUCUGACAAUACUAAAGAACUAUUGUUAGGUAGUUGGAAACGGAAUACUCGUGGGCAUAUUCUUAUUACUAGCCGACGUGAACCAAAUGAAGUUGAAGAAUCAAUGGUUGUAAAGAAAGAGGAUUGCAUUAGUCUAAAUGUAUUUGAAAUAGAAGAAGGGUUAGAUUUUCUAAAGCGCAGAACAGGAAAAAAUAGCACUAAUGAUGACGAUACCAUAAUCUCACUAGUAGAAGAGCUUGGGGGAUUGCCAUUAGCAUUAGAACAAGCAGCUGCACAUAUCAAAAGUAUUAAAUGUUCCUUUAGUGACUACGUUAACAAAUUCAAAAAGAAACGAUUGAAAUUAUUGAAGGCAGCACCCUCUGUAAUGAAGAUCAACAAGGAUAGACUAGCAAUAGCGACAACUUGGCAAUUGAACAUUGAUUACAUAACGAGGCAAUCAGAAAAUGAAGGCCUUGGUACGGCUGCUGCAACCGUAAUGCAAAUUGCGUCAUUUUUGUUUGCUGAUGAUAUUCCUAAAGAACUUAUAAAUGUAGGAAGUCCACUUGUAGAAGAUAGUGAUUUGGUAGAAGUUCUUGAAGAUGAAAUGGGAUGCAAACAGGUCAUUGAAAUUUUGACGAGAUUCUCAUUGUUUCAGCGAGUACAUGAUACGUCUCUGUCGGUUCAUAGGUUAGUUCAGGAGGUCAUUAGAGAUAAUUUGUCCGUCAAACAUCGUUGUUUGAUUCUUCAACAUGUUAUACGUAUGGUGAAUAAAGCGUUAGAUUCUAGUCAAUCCCCUGCGAAUGUUCUUUACAACGACGCCUUCACAAAGAAGAGUGUAAGGGGAACCCUCGUUAAAUGGAGCAAGUUAGCAGCUAAUGCAAAUUCAAUAAAAAUGUACGUUUUUAAUCUUAAGAAAGACGAGAUUCCGGAGCACGAACUUUUCUUCAACAAAGAAAUUUUGAGGAUAUUACAGACAACAGCAUUGUAUCACAGCAUUCAUCAACGACAAGCUAUAGCACUUGCUGACCAAGCGCAGAUGGUUCGUAUAAUAACAACUGUUGAGGUUGAUACACAUUUUUACAAAGAUCUUACAAGAAUAAAAAUACCGCUGCUCCAACGAGAUAGAGAGAAAAUUGUAGACUGUUUAAUGUCUGUUUUACCUGUCGAAAACGUAGAAACUCGUGACUAUACUUCGGUCGUAACAUAUGGGGCUGAAACCUUAAGAUUACUUGGAAAUGAAGCAUUCAAAGAGCAGAGGUAUCUAGAUGCUAUACGAUAUUACACUGAAGGCAUAAGGUCUAGCCCUAUUGAAAAUAUUGAUAGCAGAUUAUUCUCUAACAGAAGUUUAGCUUAUAUUCGAAUAAGGGACUUUGUGCAUGCCUUUUCUGAUGCAAAUAGAUGUAUUGAAAUUGCCUCUAUCAAUUGGAAAGGAUAUUGUUGGAAAGCCUAUGCCAUUUCGGGAUUGAUAGAAGAUGGAUCGUUUCCUCCAACCAUGGAAGCUAUGGGAUUAGCUUCUGCUUGUAUUGCAUCUUAUAAACAUCCACCCUGUCUCCUUGAAUACAAUAUGAAAAUCUCUUAUCCAAUAAUAAAUUAUCAAAUAGUUGAAAGGCCAGAAUGUUUACAACAAGACAUAAUGUCGUUAACAGACAGACCAUUUACUACGCUGUUGUUGCGAAAGGGACGAUAUACAUUCAACGAACCACUCAUUACAACAAAGAGUAUCCAGGUCAUCGGUAUAGAAGACGACGUCGAUAUUGACACAGGUCCAGGUUUACAAAUUUCUCGUUUACCUAAAGGCGCUUUUACAGUUGAUAUUGAACCUGAACAAACGAUUAAGACACACUUUGAAAAAGUUAAUUUUGUUUCAGGAAAUCACAUCACGGUUCUUGAGAAUUCUAUCGCAACAUUUUAUAACUGUAAAUUUUCAAACGGGAAAAAAGGAUGUGAUGCUUUUCCAAAAUGCACAGGAAAUAUAGGAUGUAUCAAUCCGUUGAAAUGUAGGCAGGCAUACCAGGAAGGUGUUUUGCUUUUCGGAACUAUUUCUUUUGGUCAAGCCGGUUUUCCUGGAAUAAUUGUAUACAAUGGAGGAACUGCGUACCUAGAUGCAUGUUUACUCGAUAGGUGUGGAGGUGGUGGCCUUUUGUCAGAAGGAAAAGGUUCUUUCAUGGAAAUCAAAAACUGCACCGUGCAGAAUAUGAGACAAAUGGGAAUCGAAGCUAGAAAUGAAGGCGCAGUUAGAAUAAGUAAAAAUACCAUAUUAGAAAAUCAGACACAUGGUAUUGCUAUUGGACCUAACGGUUAUGGUUUUAUUGAAGAAAACAUAAUUCAGGGAAAUGGAGCAGAAGGUAUAUGGUGUGGAGGGGUAUUAGAUUCACAUGAAUCGGCAAAUAUGAACGAAACUGGUGCUUCAAGGGCUGUUCUUAUUGAUAACGAUAUCGGACAAAAUGGUCUUUCGGGCAUAUCAUGUGAUGGUUGUUUCGUCGAAAUCAAGGGAAAUCGAAUUUUUUCUAAUCACAUUUGGGGCAUGAUGGUGAAAUCGAGAUCUUCUGCAUAUAUUCUUAAUAAUGAAAUUUUUGAUAACAAAUGUGGUGGAAUCAGAAUCGGCCACAACUAUACUGCUUCAGUUAUAAUUGAUGGGAACACUAUAAGGGAUCACACUGGCCCAGGUGUUUAUACAGUGAAUUCAUCAGAAAGUUUUUUUAACAAAAUGAAGACGAAUUUAUCUGAUUUUUUUGUGGGGAACGGUGAAAUUAUGGGAUAUUCAAGACCGCCCGUAAUAACAAGUACCAAUGUACUGAGGAACAACGACAAAGGGACACAACAUCCAAAUGAAGUCGUACGUUUAAUCGAAGCCUGCAGUUUUUGCCGUCAAGUAUCACAUAAUUUAAAAUCAUGUUCCAAAUGUAAAAAAGCAACAUAUUGUUCAAAGGUGUGUCAAACUAAACAUUGGUUACGACAUAAACAUAUGUGUAAACUUUUGAGGAGUUCAUAUGUAGUUGAAGUUCCCGUGUCAAAAAUAGAACCAAUAAUGGGAAAUAAUGAACCGAACACUUUACGCACCAGAACAUUUAAUCCUAAACUUAAAGGAAUAUUAGAAGGAAUACCCCCAAACAAAAGAAGUUGCAAUCGUUUUAUAGUUAAGAUUCAAUCUGGAAAGGAAUAUACAUUUUAUGAUCCAGACAAGAAACUGAUUGUAUAUGACCAAACUGUUACACUAGACAUAGAAAUUUCAAAUCCCAUUCUGUAUCAUCUGUGUAUGGAAUGUGGAGUACUUGCAGGUGAGAAAUUCACCACGAAAAAGAUAUUUUGCUGGGCAUCGUACAAAAAUAAUGGAAAAACCCUGUGUUUCUAUACAGACAAUCUUCCUCCAUUUCAAACGUGGUGAGGUAUGAAAUAAAAUUUGAAGGCACAUUUGAAAUUAAACAUACAUUUGUAAUUAUGAAACCUACAAUUGGUAAUUUAUUUUAUAAGUCACAGGCGUUUCAGUAGUCAAAAUAUGAAUACGAUUAUUGUAGAUAUGUUUAAGAUAAACAAUGCAUCAACUUAUUGUCAUGAAAGAUUUUUUCAACUAAUAAGAAAGAUAGCGUCGCUGCUAUUUUUGCACAUAAAUCUUAAACGUCAACAAUGGUGUGUAGGAUUGGUACUGGUGUUUCCAAAUGUAUUUUAAAAACACUCGACAGAGAAAUGUGUCUUUAUAUAUUAUAAAGAUUAAUACAAUUUCGCAAACGAUAUUACAUAUGUAGGACUCGGAGUUGCGAUGGGAGCGCUAAAGUGCGAUCGUCACGCUGAAGUGCGAUGGUCUCACUGAAGUGCGAUGGUCCUUUCGCUGAUGUCCGAUGGUCUAUACGACGAGUGAUGGAUAUUCAAAAAUCCACAGAUGUUUAAUUAUUAUAAGUUUGAUUGUUUUAUUGAUAGUGAAUAAAUACCAAACAUUCAA